AACAAUUCCAUCGCUCCCUAUACAACACAACCAUGGCCGUCGUUGGAAUAGAUUUUGGUACUCUAGCAAGCAAAAUCGGUGUCGCAAGACAUCGUGGAAUCGAUAUCAUCACUAACGAGGUUUCCAAUCGUGCUACACCAUCGCUUAUUGGAUUUGGUCCAAAACAGAGGGCCAUCGGAGAAGCAGCAAAAACUCAAGAAACCUCCAACUUUAAAAACACCAUCGGUUCUCUCAAGCGACUAGUAGGACGCACAUUGAACGAUCCUGACGUACAGGAAAUAGAGAAGAAGUUUAUCAACGCCGCCUUAAUCGAUUCAAACGGAACUGUUGGAGUGGAGGUCAUGUUCCUUGGCGAGACGCAAAGAUUUUCCGCCACCCAGCUAGUCGCUAUGUAUCUGAACAAACUACGCGACAUCGCAGCCAAGGAACUCAAGACUGGAGUUUCCGACGUCGUCAUCGCUGUCCCAGGAUGGUUUACUGAUAUACAACGGAGGGCGAUCUUGGAUGCCGCAUCCAUCGCCGGGCUCAAUGUUCUUCGCCUCAUAAACGAUACCACCGCUGCCGCUCUUGGUUACGGCAUUACCAAAUCCGAUCUUCCCGAGCAAGAAAAUCCCAGACACGUUGUCUUCGUCGAUGUCGGCCAGUCUUCCAUGUCUGUUUCCGUGGUCGCUUUCUCCAAAGGGCAGCUCGUUGUCAAGAGUACCGCCUAUGACCGCCACCUGGGAGGUCGAGACAUUGAUUACGCUCUCUUGCGCCAUUUUGCGGAAGAGUUCAAAGCCAAGUACAAGAUCGAUGUCAACUCCAGUCCCAAAGCUAUCUUUCGUCUGGCUGCAAGCUGCGAGCGCCUCAAAAAGGUUCUCUCUGCUAAUGCUGAAGCCUCACUCAAUGUUGAAUCCGUCAUGAACGACGUUGAUGCCUCUUCCAAACUCACCCGUGAACAGCUGGAGGGACUUAUCGCUGAGACACUCUCUCGCAUCACGGCACCAAUAGAGCGGGCCAUUGCUGAUUCUGGGCUUUCCAUCGACGAAAUUGAAGCUGUCGAGCUUAUCGGUGGUUCAACUCGCGUCCCUGCUGUGAAAGCACGUAUUCAAUCUGUUUUCCCCAAUAAAACACUUUCCUUCACUCUCAACCAAGACGAAGCUGUCGCUCGUGGUGCAACAUUCUCUUGCGCCAUGCUUUCCCCCGUCUUCCGUGUGCGCGACUUUCAUGUGAGCGACGUCACUCACUAUCCUAUAAAAGUUCAUUGGACUCCAACCCCGACUGAUCCGGAAGAAGAUACUGAACUCAUUGUUUUCGGUUCUGGAAAUCCCAUCCCAUCGACCAAAAUCCUUUCCUUCUACCGAAAGGAGCCGUUCGAGAUUGAAGCCGCUUACGCAGAGCCAUCUCAACUUCCCGGCGGUAUAAAUCCAUGGGUAGGCAAAUUUACCGCCAAGGACGUUCCGCUCGAAGCGAACGGCGAUGCUACGUGCGUGAAGCUGAAGACACGGCUAAACGCUCAUGGUAUUAUGUCGUUUGAGAAUGCUUAUAUUGAGCACAUUGAAGAGAAGGAGGACACCCAGGCGAUGGAUGUCGAGGGCCAGGACGGAGCUCCUGCUCCCCCAAAGAAAAAGAAGGUGGUGAAGAAAGUUGAUAUUAAGUUCGUCGCAAGUCACUCGUCCCUGGACAGGUCGGUCAUCGAAACGCUGAAAGAACAAGAGAAUCAGAUGAGCGCGAAUGAUAAACUUGUCAUGGACACUGAGGAUCGUAAAAAUGCUCUUGAGGAGUAUAUUUACGACACUCGAUCAAAACUCGAUGAACGUUACGCGCCAUUCGUUGUACCGGACGAAAAAUCCAAACUACUCACCGCCCUCCAAGAAAGUGAAGAUUGGCUUUACUCCACGGAGGGUGAAGAUGCUAUCAAGUCUGCAUACGUUUCUCGUCUCGAUACUCUCAAAGCCCUUGGCGAUCCUAUCACUUUCCGCUGGCGAGAGAGCGAGGAACGUGCAAAAGCCAUCAGCCAACUGCGGGAGACUCUUAAUAGUUAUAUGGCUUCGGCGACCUCCAACGAAGAAAAGUUUAACCACAUAGACGUGAAGGACAAGCAAGCCGUGGUCGAGAAGGUGGCCACUGUUCAGAAGUGGCUUGAAGAUCAAAUUGUGAGGCAAACGGAGAAACCGAAACACGUUGAUCCGGUUCUGACCACUUCCGAGAUUGGCAAGAAGAGAGAUGAAGUGAUUUACUUUGCCACACCCAUCCUGACCAAGCCCAAACCCAAACCUCCCGUCGUGCCUACCUCUGGGACGAAUACACCCAGGACUGAUACUCCCAAUCCCGAGCAGGCCAAACCUGAAGGUAAGGCUGCAGAAGGUCAAAAGGUCAACGGCCCUCCAGAAAUGGAUGUAGAUUAG